AUGCAGCAGACUUCCCAGUCCGCCACAAGCGCGUGCGGUGGUCUCGUUCAGCUAAUUGGGCAACUGCAGUGCUGUGUGUCUUUCCGCGGUACCAGCAUCACUGCGAUCUGCUACAUCACCAAGUCUGACCUCAACCUACUUGGUCUCGACUGCACUGAACAACUUGGGUUGGCCGAUAUGUCGCUCCGCGUUGUUUGCAGUCAGGUGCAGAUUCCUGCAGUGCUUGCAGACCAAGCCAAGGACAUUUUCCAACGAUUUGCUCCAGUGUUCCAAGACGGCCUGGGUCAUUGCACAUACACUCAAGCCGUCCUACAUCUGUCUACUGGAAGUCAACCAGUCUUCCGUCCAAAGCGACCAGUCCCAUAUGCAGCCCUACCACUUGUCGAGGCCGAACUGAAACGUCUGGAGGAACUGGGAGUUCUGGUUCCUGUACUCUACUGCACCUAGGCCGCUCCAAUCGUUGUGGUUAAGAAGCCCAAUGGCUCGAUUCGCAUUUGUGCUGACUUCUCCACCGGCCGCAAUGCCGCGCUGACGCUGCACUCUUAUCCACUGCCGGUUCAGGCUGAUCUUUUCACCCUGCUAAAUGGAAGUACUUGCUUGGCCACUUUCGAUCUCGCUUAUGCGUAUCUGCAGAUCGAGAUCGCCCCAGACUCGCGCGAAUUGUUGACCAUCAACAUCCACCGCGAUCUGUUCAUAUAUACCAGGCUUCCCUUUGGUGUCAAGAUCGCCCCGGCGCUAUUCCAACAAACGACGAACGCAAUGCUCUCCGGCAUCCCUGGCACAGCUGGGUACCUGGACGACAUCAUCAUCGCGGGUUGCUCCUCUGCCGAGCUGCAAGACCGAGUGUGCGCAGUACUCGAACGUGUGCGGGAAUAUGGCUUUCGCCUACGGGCCGACAAGUGCCCGAUCCUGAAAACAUUCGGGCCAUCCAACGGAUGCCUGCGCCGAAGAAUGUGUCGCAACUUCGAUCGUUUCUUGGCCUUCCUACCAUCGCUGCAUGACGUACGGGUGCCGCUAAAUUUUCUGCUGCAGAAGGAUGUUCACUGGUGCUGGUCCCCCGACUGCGAAAAGGCCUUCGCCCAGCUGAAGUCGAUGCUGAGUUCAGAUCUGCUACUCACGCACUACGACCGGACGCUGCCGAUCGUUGUUGCUGCAGAUGCUUCCAACCACGGCGUUGAUGUCGUUAUCUCACAUACUUUUCCUGACGGGUCUGAAAAGGCGAUCAUGCAUGCAUCUCGAACGCUAACUCCUGCGGAGAAGAACUACGAGCAGAUAGAGAAAGAGGCUCUAGCCAUCGUGUUUGCCGUCAAGAAGUUUCACAAUCUGUUGUACAACCGCCACUUCACGUUGUUGACGGAUCGCAAUCCAUUGCUCUCAAUCUUCGGUUCGCAGAAGGACAUUCCCGUCUACUCAGCCGGCCGACUUCAACGAUGGGCAGCCAUCCUUCUUGGCUGCGCUUUUGACGUUCGCUGCUGUCGUACUACAGACUUUGGUCAGGCUGACGCCCUUUCUCGCAUCCUCAGCAAUCAGCAGGAACUGGAGGAAGAUACCGUGAUUGCUGCUAUUUCGAUCGAGGACGAUUUGCGCCGUCAGUUAUCCAACGCAAUACGAGGUAUCCCUGUCACCACCGCGGACAUCCGACAUGAUACUGACCAGGAUCCUUUCCUCCGUCAGGCCAUCACUUACGUGCAGACCUGCUGGCCAACCACUUCUCUCGCUGGUGACCUUCGCCAAAUCUUCCUCCGCCGGGUAUCGCUAUCUGUGGUUGACUCCUGCCUCAUGUUUGUGGACUGUGUGGCGAUUCCAUCACUCCCCCGAUCCACUGUACUACGCCAGUUCCAUGCGGCCCAUUCUGGUACCAGUUGA